AUGGUAUCACAGAUGCAAUUCAAGAAAAGCACAAGCUUGAUAAGGCAGAUUUAUUAUUAUGCCCUUGAUAAUAUACCUAGGGUGCCAUGGAAAUGUAUCAUGUUUCACAAUGCAGCUCGACCCAAGGCACUGUUCAUCAUGUGGCUACACCUACUAGGCAAACUGUUGACAGCUGACAGACUCAACAAAUGGGGUAUAGAGGUAGAGCCUAAAUGUAGCCUCUGCCAAAGCUAUGAUGAAACACGAGAACAUCUAUUUGUCCAGUGCUCUUACACUAGAGCAGUGUGGAACAGGGUCCUACAAUGGCUACAAAUGCAGAGCUACCAGCCAGCUACAUGGGAGCAACAUCAGCUAUGGAUAAUCAAACACGCAAGUGGUAAAUCGCAGAGAGCCCAGGUUUUCAAACUGUUGAGUACAGAGAUUGUCCAUGCUAUUUGGAUAGAGAGAAAUAUGACGAUAUUUAAAAAGCUGAGCAGAAAUUGGGAAGCAGUGACUAAGGAGAUAGUCUAUGUAUCUUGUGUUAGAGCUCCACCUAGUUUGCAUCAUAUUUUACAAUCCCUUGUUUUCUAA